UGUAUAAGCUAGGUGAUUUCUUCAUCUGCAGCAGCAGCAGCAGCGGCGGCGGCGGUGGCUGCCAACCUUCAAAUGCCGGAGUAAAUCUCGCCAUCACCGUCUUCGCCGCCCUUGUAAUCGCUGCUGCUAUGUACUCCACCACUAGGUAACAAAAAUGACCACAAUUAAUUGGUAAUAACCACACCACUUGUUCAACUCAACUUCAAACCCUAGAAGUAUUGGUCCCCUAGGACUAUUUUCCCCUUUGUUCCUCUUUUCUUUUGUUGGUUUCCACGACAAGUUUCUCUAGUAGAUUGAUGAAAGCCCUAAGACGUAGUCAAACUUCGUCUUCCUCGUCGUCGUCUUCAAAUUCAUCAAAUUCGUCGUCUUCGUGGAUUCAUUUGAGAUCUGUUUUAUUCGUUGUUGCUUCUUCCUCACCAGCUUCGUGUUCCACUUCCGAUCGGGGGCGUCUGAAAUCACCAUGGUCACGUAGGAAAAGAAAACACGCACUCACUCCUCAACAGUGGAGAAAUUUGUUUACACCAGAUGGAAAACUUCGAGAUGGUGUUAAAUUUCUUAAAAAAGUUCGCAGUGGGGGAGUGGAUGCAAGUAUCAGAUCAGAAGUUUGGCCUUUCCUACUUGGAGUUUAUGAGCUCAACACUUGCAAAGAAGAAAGAGAUAAACUAAGAACUCAGGGGAGAAAGAAGUACGAGAAAUUACGUAGGCAAUGCAGGAAGCUUGUAGGUGAAAGCAGCAGCAAUAGGGACAGUCACAGUCAAGGCAUGGAGUCUGCAGAAUCAGAAGAAGUUGUGAGUGCCAGGGAGUCGCUUUCUAGUGAAGAAAUAAAUUCUUCCCCAUCUCCCAUGAAUUCAGGAGUAUUAUUGGAGGAAGAAGAAGCCACUCCUGGAUCAGUCUCAACAAGAUUCAUAGAUCCAAACAUAUCCGACUCGGAAUCCUCCGACUCAGAUUCUUCUCAAGAUCCCCCCGAACCCAGUCAAAGUCAAACCUUCCCCUUCCCAUCGUCGGAAAACGAAGAGUCAUCAGCAGUCCAGUCGAGCGAGGAUUUCUCCACCUGGCAGCGUAUCAUUCGCCUGGAUGCGAUCCGUGCCAACGGAGACUGGAUCCCAUACUCGCAACCUCAAGCGGAGGUUUCGGAGGAACGAGCUGUGCGGUCAGCGGAAGCAGUGGGAUUAAAAGACUACGAGCAUCUAGAAGCGUGUAGAAUCUUCCACGCGUCCCGGCUGGUGGCGGUUCUAGAAGCGUACGCGCUGUACGAUCCGGAAAUCGGAUACUGCCAGGGGAUGAGCGAUCUGCUGUCUCCAAUAAUCGCGGUCAUGAGUGAAGACCACGAAGCGUUCUGGUGUUUCGUUGGGUUCAUGAGAAAGGCACGCCAUAAUUUCAGGCUCGAUGAGACGGGGAUUAGACGGCAGUUGAACCGCGUUUCCAAGAUUAUAAAAUCCAAAGACUCGCAUCUCUACAAGCACUUGGAGAAGCUUCAGGCGGAGGACUGUUUCUUUGUGUAUAGGAUGGUGGUGGUGCUGUUUAGGAGGGAGUUGACUUUUCAACAGACCAUAUGUUUGUGGGAGGUGAUGUGGGCUGAUCAGGCCGCCAUCAGAGCUGGGAUUGGGAAGUCCUCCGCGUGGAACAGGAUAAGACAGCGGGCACCCCCUCCUACCGAGGAUCUGUUGCUGUAUGCCAUUGCUGCUUCCGUGCUGCAGAGGAGGAAACAGAUAAUAGAGAAGUACAGCAGCAUGGAUGAGAUAAUAAGGGAAUGUAAUAACAUGGCCGGUCAACUCGAUGUUUGGAAGCUUUUGGAUGAUGCCCAUGACUUGGUGGUUUCUGUUCAUGACAAGAUCGAAACCCCCACCACCACCAUGUCUUCUUCUUCUUCUUCCUCGCUCCAUCAUAAAUAAUCCUCUCGUGUGCUCCCCAAUAUUCAUCAUCAUAACAUCAUUUCUUUUGGUUUUCUUUUUUCUUUCAUCAGAAACCUUUAUUUAGUACUACUACUACUAAUACUCUAUUACCAGUUCUUUACUGGGGGGAAGGGGGGAAAUUAUUGUAGUUUCUUACAAACACAAUUAUAUAUAUCAUCCAAGUAGCUACUACCAUAACAAGAUUUGAGAAUGAAUCAAUAUUUCUACUCCUGCA